AUGACUCCCUCCGAAGCGUCCUCCCCUCCGCUGAAGCGUCAGACCCCCUCCACCUCUGCCACAUCGACUAGCUCAACUUCUGUCAUUAGCUGCCCCGAUCUAAAGGAAAAGCAAUCGACAACCAGGUCAAUCGAACUUGCCCGUAGGUUGAUCUGUGAGCUCUCCACUAGUGCGGCUCGCACAAGAGAGGGAUAUGUAUGCAUAGCCAAAGAUGAUCUACUCACCAUUACAAACAAAAGGAGGCUGUAUGACGUGACAGGUCCGCUGGAGGCAAUGGGAGUUAUCCAGACCACUAAGCUUUUCAUUAUUUGGACUGGACCCCGUCUAGGCUCCUUUAGCUUUGUCAGUUCGUCUAGUAGAAAUUCCGAAUUUGUCGGUUGUAACGCGUUAUUCUUAAGUCAAUAUGGCAAACGAACAGACAUACCCAUAAGGGAAACUGGUCGCCACACGUCUGAAUUAGCACGUGUAUACACCGCAAACGAGCCCGUGUUACUUCCACGCUACCCUAAGGCAAGGUCCACAAAGCCUGGCGUAGCUACUCUAAAAGAGAGGCUUGCUUUGCUCACGAAGCAAUGCGCAGAAUUGGAGGAAGCAGUGAAAAUACAAGAGGCUAUGUUCAAUGACACACAACACAGAGCUAUAAGCGUUUCAAACAUCAGCCGGGGCGUGAACAGAAUCUUUGCAAAUACGGAUCCACGACUAACGAACUCUGACCAGUAUAGCCUUCCCUAUCCCACUAGGUAUGGGCUCAUGCCCUACACCAUAAUCUUGUCUGCACCAGAUCUCAAGUAUGAGUUCCUUGUAUCUUCAUCACUACGCUACCCAGAGCUGGUCCCAGAGUUCGUCGAAAGACGACGCUUACUGGUUCAGUUUUAUUCAACUUCAGAGAUAAUGCUCAGCGGCCCUGAGCGAAUCGCCUCACCGGUUACUUCGUCAGCUGUCCAGAGGCUUCCCAUUAGAAACUUCACUGGCUAUCCCAUUAGAGAUUCUAGCAGUAGCGUGCCAUACGACGACUCCAACACAUUUGAUAGAGAAAGUGACUACAGCACACAGAAUGUCAGGAUGGAGCUAUCGUAUUACACAGAUCAGUUCAGUGCGGGCCCCAACAGCUACAUUGAUACUUACUCAGACUUUGAUCUAUUUGAUGGCAUCUAG